AUGUUUAGCUUCAGCACCACAGGGAAGGCAGCGUAUCCUUCUGUUUACAAGGUCAGUUCGACGAAGAAACAAAACAGGAAAGGCAGCCAGGACCUUGCUCUGGCGGUACCUAAUACUGAACAAUGCUCGUCAUCUGAUUCUCUCGAACCCGCGAUUGAUGGGCCACCUUCUCCUGAACGGAUACGAGCAUACACUGAGCAGAUGAGGAGGAGUUCUAUUUUCGGCAAUAACUCUAGAUCCGACACCAUCUCCUCAUCCUCAGCUUCUUCGUCUUUUCGGUCCCGCGAUUCGACUUAUCCAUCGACAGAGAGCGUAAACAUAUCUCGAAGAUCAUCCACUCGUUCCAACAGCAAUAUGCCAAUUUCGCGGUCAGAGAGACACGACAGCACUCAGAUAUUUGGGUCAAUUUUCUCCAGGAGCGGAAGGAAGUCAAGGAGGGAGAAUUCUGUCAGCUCGCUCGGCGGAAAAGAGGAUAUAUUUGGAGGAAAUCCGGCGACAGAACGUCACUAUGGCCACAAACCAAAGUCUAGUGGCUCACACGCUAUCGGUCUUGCUUCAAAAAAGCGACAGCCCAUUUCUGGACCAUACAAUUUCCAACACGUCACUCAUACAUGUCAAGAGCAUCUGCCAAACUUGGAACAAACCAGCCCUAGGGAACUUGUAUCGGAGUUUUCUGCAAUCAAAUUGUCGCAAGCUCCCACACGUGGGGAACUCAAGGGUAUCCGGGCAGAAGAUCUGCAUUUUCGAAAUUUUUCAUCGGAAUCUUUAAAUAUGCCUCCUGUAGAUGAUCGGUUUGUUGUCCAACUCAGGCAGAAGGGAAUCUUACGAAAGUCACUACGGCCUACACGUACUCCAAGACCAAUCUCGUACGCAAAGUCGCAUGAGAACAUGAGAGUGGCACCUCCACGCCCUCCUCGGUCUCCCCUCGAACCUCCGUACCCAAUGGAGCUCCCCCCAAGAGUUUCCUCCCGCAGGUCUUCUGUUCUUUUUGAUACCUUUGAUCCGUCGUUGUUGACGACUAAUGAGCGCUUCAGAAAAUCAGCACCUGGUAAUAUUCAAAUGGCAUCGCGGGAGUCUCUACCUGCUGAAGAGGACCAAUCGCAGUCACAUGCGAUCACCACUCCAGGAGACGAAGCUUGGCCUGUGACCGCAGCUAUCUCCGGGUCUUUCUCUACCGAGCUCCCCAAUGUUGAAGAGGAGGAGGAAGCUGGUUCGCGGAAGUCUAGGACCAGCUCCGAAUUGAGAGCGUGUAGAUCAGUACCAUCUUUCCGAACUAGAGCCCCGGAGCACAUGUAUGAACCGUUUGAAUGUCGCAUGUCAGCAAUACUCGGGCAAAUGACGUUGAGGGACGGCGGCCCAGUAUCUCCAGGUUUCCACUUUGAAAAUGAUUCUUGGGAGCAGGAUAUUGACUAUGCUUACGAUCAUGAAAUGGAAGCCCAUUGUGAUUACCAGUGGGAUCAAUACUCCAUGGGAGAGAAAACUGUCACCGCAGAAAAACCAUCUAUUUCUUCACAAGACCAAUGGGAUAUGGAUGACCAAUCUCCUCGUCAGCCAAAUCGUCAGCCAAACCGCCAGCUACUGCCAACACUCGAAUUACAUUUGGAAGACGAUCAAACAGUUUAUGAAGGAAGAUUUCGUCCAUCUCUACUCAUUCCGUCACCCUUUGAUGUUCCGGAGUUAUCACCAAUGUCAAAUAUAUCAGCUGUCUCUCCAGAGCUGCGUACACCACAGACGUUCACAGGCUUUACUCGACCUAGUGUCAAGCGAUCAUCGUCUCGAGCUUCUUCCUUCAAGGAGUCGCAUGGAUUUAACUUGUCGCCCUCGCUCCUGAUCCCAGCUGACUUCCAGAAGGAGAUGGAUGCAGCGGUAGAAGAUUAUCACCACCACUUGGGUAAAGACAGUUCCACAUCAGCAAUCAUUGUUGAGCAAACUCCCUACAACAACUCAGUUGAUGAGAGUAAUUCCAGUUUCCGUUCUUAUCGGCCGUCAGACUUCUCCCGGGGCUCAGCACGCAGCUCUUCGCACUCGCGUCUCUCUUCCAAUUCUCGGUUGAGUCGUGAUACCCAUCAAAGCGUUGACUCGUCAUCCUCGCUCCCUGAUCUGAUUCCAUCGAGCUUCCGCAAGCACGAGAGUGUACCGGAGAAUAGUGGAAUUAAAGACGAUGCGACUACCCCACAGGCUGAUUCCUAUCUCGAGCUCACCUCUCAAAAAAGUGCGAGUGAAUCGCCAUCUUUGAGCACCACUCCUCUCAAUAUCAGUCUACCUGAGGACAAAACCUGCCUUAGUCCCGUUGAGGAAUUGCAGGAAGAGCAAAUCAACCGACAAGUUCACGGAAGAAAGGUGUCCGCACCAGUCACUUCUCAGACUGUCAGAGAAUUUACUAGUCGGCCAAGAGCCGGAACAGCAAGCAAUGUUCUUGGAAACAAGAAAGCUAGGGCCAGCUACAUGUUGUUUCCUUCAUCAUGA